AUGCGAAUUGAGGGAGCACUGAUAGCAGCUAUUUCUCAACUGUGGCUUAUCAGUUCUGCCGAAAACACGCACGAUGAAGAGAGGAAAAGCUUGGCAAUCAUUCGACAGAUACGUCUCUCGCCAUCCAUCCAGGGCAAUUCCGCCACAUCCACAGUCAAUGUAUCUUCAAGCAACAUUGCUCAGCACUUUGAACAGCCCAGUGAGAGGCGUUUCGUGGACGAACAGCGGUAUCGCACGUUCCGGCAUGGCAGGCGAGGUAUUCUCGCUUUCUUCUUUGUUCCUGCAAAAAACUGUUAA